UGUCUUAACAAAUUGUUUAUAAUAUUUGGUUUGUUAUUAGGUCUGUUCUAUUUAUAUCUAUAUAAUUAUAUGUUCUUUUGCUCAUGGAAAUGGCAAAUGGAUCAUUAUAGUGCACAGAUGGUUAUGCUUGGCGAUCCCCAGAUGGAGGGCGAUGGCAGGAUCUAUAAAGAGGGCACCAAGGGUCUAUACAACCUAUGGUUCAACGAUCACUACUUUAAGCACAUCGUGUCAAACAUAGCAUACUUCCUUGCGCCGUCACAUGUGGUCGUACUGGGCGAUCUCUUCUCCUCGCAGUACAUCCACCAACAAGAGUUUGACAAGCGUGUUGCGCGAUAUAGGACUGUGUUCUCACCACUGAGCUCAGAAACUCUGUUGAUCAACAUCACUGGCAAUCAUGACAUUGGCUAUGCUAAUGAAGCCGAUCGACACUUGGUACAACGUUUCGAGGAUGCAUUUGGCAAGGUGAACCGGAAGUGGUACGUCGCCGGUCACAUACUGGCUAUAUUCAACUCAAUGACAUUGGACCCACCAUCGAAUGACCAGGAGGUCUACGAUGAGGCUUGGCAGUUCCUAAAUGAUCUGGCACGUGAGCGAAACACAACCAACACACCAAUAAUCUUGGCGACACAUAUUCCCUUGUAUAAAGAACUGGACGGCACAUCACUCAACAGGACCUAUCAACCCAACUUCUCAAUACCAUAUCACUCCAAUCCUUUGUGCAUCGAACCGUACGAAGUGAAUCGAAUCAGUCGUGGAGGAAAGUCAGUGAUACGCGACCAGACCAUGCUCUCACCAGAGACAAGUCGUUUCAUUCUGGAAGAGAUACAACCAGUGUUUAUAUUCAAUGGACAUGAUCACGAUGGUUGUAUCUACAAGCACAACAAUACAAUAGAGUAA